UCUGAUCUUACUGGAGCCCAGCUGAAGCUUCGAGAAUAUGAAGCAGCUCUGAAUUCUAAAGACACAGCUCUAGCCACCACUCUUGGGAACAAAAAAAAAACUUAGAGGGGAGAUUUGGAGGAUAUGAAGGAUCAGAUUGCCCAGUUGGAAGCCUCCUUAGCUGCUGCCAAAAAGCAGUUAGCAGAUGAAACUUUGCUUAAAGUGGACUUUGAGAACCGCUGUCAGAGCCUUAAUGAGGACCUGGAGUUCCGUAAAAACAUGUAUGAGGAGGAGAUACAUGAGACGAGAAGGAAGGAUGAUGAAACACGCUUGGUAGAGGUGGGUUCUGGGCGUCAGAUCGAGCUUGAGUCCAGGCUGGCUCAAGCCCUUCGUGAGAUGAGAGAGCAACACGAUGCCCAAGUGAGGCUGUACAAGGAGGAGCUGGAGCAGGCUUACCACGCCAAACGCGAGAAUGCCAGACUGUCAUUGGAAAUAAAUACUUCCACUGUCAACACCGCCAGGGAAGAACUGAUGGAAAGCCGCGUGAGAACUGAGAGCCUUUCAUCUCAGCUUUCUAAUCUACAGAAAGAGUCUAGAGCAUCUUUGGAGAGGAUUCAAGAGUUGGAGGACUUGCUUGCCAAGGAAAGAGACCACUUUCGGCGUGCGCUGUCUGACAGAGAGAGGGAGACGGCGGAAAUAAGGGACCAGCUGCAGCAGCAGCUGAAUGACUGUGAGCAGCUUCUCGAUGUAAAGUUAGCCCUGGACAUGGAAAUCAGCGCUUACAGGAACCUUCUGGAGGGUGAAGAGAGACUGAACCUGUCUCCAAGCCCUUCCUCCCGCGUGAUGGUGUCGCGAGCGUCCUCAAGUCGCAGCGUUCGCACAACUAGAGGGAAGAGGAAGAGAGUCGAUGUGGAGGAGUCAGAGGCCAGCAGCAGUGUCAGCUGCUUUCAUUUUGCUUCAGCCACUGGGAAUGUCUGUGUUGGAGAGAGAGAUGUGGACGGGAGGUUUACCCGCCUGAAGAACACUUCGGCAGAUCAGCCAAUGGGAGGCUGGGAGAUGGUCAGAAAAAUUGGAGACACAUCGGGCAGUUAUAAAUAUACCUCAAGAUAUGUGCUGAAGGCGGGGCAGACAGUUACAAUCUGGGCUGCGAACGCUGCAGUCACAGCCAGUCCUCCCUCUGAUCUCAUCUGGAAGAACCAGAAUUCCUGGGGCACCGGGAGAGACGUGAAGGCCAUACUGAAGAACUCCCCGGGAGAGGAGGUUGCUCAAAGAAGUACAGCCUUUAAAACAACCAUACCGGAAGAGGAAGCGGAAGCGGAAGCAGCAGCCAAAGUGGCUGUUGAGGAAGGACUUUUCCUCCCGCAGGGAGCCCCAAGAGCAUCCAGUAAAAGCUGUGCCGUUAUGUGAACUUCUCAAGUCAACUGUCCUCCUCAGAGUAAGGA